AUGAACUUCCGCUUCAUCGUUGCCGACAUCCUCCAGAAGCUCAUCAUCCUCGCCUCCCUCAUCGCUUGGGCCUGCCUCUCCUCCCACGGCUCUCUCGACUGGGCCAUCAUCGUCUUCUCCCUUGCCACCUUCCCCAACACCCUCAACAUGGGCAUCCCCCUCCUCAUCACCACGUACGGCACUUUCUCCGACUCCCUGAUGGUCCAAAUCGUUCUUCAGUGUAUCAUCUGGUACACCCUUUUCCUCUUUCUCUUCGAGUUUUGCGUCACCUGCCUCCUCAUCGCCGAUCAGUUCCUCGACACCGCCGCCUCCAUCGUCUCCUUUCGCAUCGACUCCGAUAUCAUCUCCCUCGACGGUGGCCGCGAUCUCCUCCAGACUGAUGCUGAGGUCGGCGGCGACGGCAAGAUCCACUUCUUCGCCAAAGCCCAGGAACUGGAGUUCGCCGCCUUCUUUAGGAAAGCCCAUUUCCUCGCCGGUGCGACCUCCGCUGCCACCAUCCUCUCCUCAAUCGCCGUCGCCGCUGCCCCACCGCCUCCCAAAGCAUUCUCCACCUUCGCCAUGGACGACUCCAAUGCCGCCGCCCCCACGACCCUCCGCACCCACCUCUGCAUCAUAGGCAGCGGCCCCGCCACCCACACGGUGGCGAUCUAUGCCGCGCAAGCCGAGCUCAAGCCCAUCAUGUUUGAGGGUUGGAUGGUCAACGACAUCGCCGCCGGUGGCCAGCUCACCACCACCACCGAUGUCGAGAACUUCUCCGAAUUUUCAGAGGGCAUCCUCGGCGUCAAGCUCAUGGACCGUUAUCGUGCCCAGUUGCUCUGCUUUGGCACCCACAUCCUCUCCGAGACCAUCACCGCCGUCGAUCUCACCGUACGUCCCUUCCAUGUCCUCUCCUCCUCUACCAUCAUCGUGGCGGACGCCCUGAUCGUCUCCACAGGCACCGUCGCUUGCCGCCUCCACUUCUUCGGGGCCGACGACUUCUGGAACCGCGGCAUUUCUGCCUGCGCCGUCUGUGAUGGCGUCACAACUCCCUCGCCGGCAGCACCCGCCACAAGUUCUCCCCUCCAGCCUCCUCCUUUGUAA